AAUUAGAAUAAUAACAUAGGUAAGUGGAAAAUAAAAAAUAAGAAUUAAGAAAAAAACCGAAGCACGUGAAGUAACGAUUGGGAAAUGAGAGAUAAAGGUAUAAAAAAGAAUUUAAGAAGUUAAAAUAAAAAAUAAAUUAAAAAGAAAAAUAGAAUAAAAAUAAAAAGUAAAUUAAAAAGAAAAGAAAGGCAUUGGAAAAAUAACAUGUAAUUAGAGCAAUUCUCGAGCCCCCCCUCCAAUUGCGCCCAAGUUCAUGUGGCUUUCCAAACAGGCUCUAAAUUAAUUUCUCAUUAAUAUAUGUAUUGAAAAAAUGAAAAAGAAAUAAACUCGGAAUCCCCGUCUCACCCUCGUGCCACUCCUCCCACGGCUCCACCGGCAGCCAAAACCACACUCUUCUAAACUCCAAACUCAAAUGGAAAUGAAUCCAUUUCCUCCACCGCCACCGUCCACCACCUUUCCUCCACCACCUUACUUUCAGCACCAGCCCACCAAUGAUCUUCCUAAUGCUCUCUCAUCUCUUACAUCUCUCCUCAACCUCUCUUCCACUACUCUCUCCUCCCUAAUACCCCUCCCUAACCCCUCUCCGUCCCACCCAUUAAUUCAAUGCCCUUUCAAUCCGAACCAUCACCUUCCCAUUUCUUCCCUCUUUUCCCACUCCCUUCAUUGCCCCUCACACACCAUCCCCUCCAAUCACAACAUCCAAACCCUACACAGUUUACUAAAAUACCCCCACACCCACACAGUCCGCUCCUCCACAAACCCAGUUGAAUCCCGCAAAGUCGAGUCUGGGGAGGGUACAGUGCACACAGACCUUACCCCUGCGGAAAACGAUACAAUCGAUCCAAACGUUAAACAACCAACAACAACUACCUACCCAAACCCCUUCACCUUCACGUCAAAUUCACAAUCAGACCUUUGUUUCUGUCUUGAAAAUUAUCUUGACAUAGAAAAUCCUGAUUUCUUUUAUUCUAAUUGUCCUGGUGUUGUUUCUUUCCCAAUUAAUGAAAAUGCAACUCCACCAAUGCUUACUUUGCCUGCUAUUUUAUCCUCAGAAUGUUCUAAUUUUGGUCGGAAUUCGUUGUUUUUUCCGAAUGAAUUUGAGUUUAUUAAGGUUCUUUUUCCUUCGGAGGUGUAUGCGAUUAGGAACGAGACGGAUCGUUGGAGUGAUUUUCCUUUUACGUAUUCGUAUCGCGUGCUUCGCACGAUUUUGGGAUUAGGGAUGAGUAGUGUGGAGUGUUUGUCGACGUGCGUAGUUGUUAGUUCGGUUAGGUGUUAUAAUAUUGUGCUUGAUUUAGCAAUGAGGGAUCAUAUAAUUGUAUUGUUUAAGCUUUGUUUGAAGGCUAUUGUUAGGGAAUCUAUCGAUUUAGCUAGUAAGGCUGAGGGGUCAGUUUUGAGUAACCGAAGUUUUAAGUGUCCCGUCUUAGUUCAGGUGUUGAUGUGGUUGGCAACCCAACUUUCUGUGUUAUAUGGUGAAAUGAACGGGAAAUUGUUUGCUAUUAAUAUGGUAAAGCAAUGUAUAUGUGCUUGUGCGUUUAGUUCUUGCAUGUUCAAUGAAUCGACUGAUAGGCAAAAAGGGGAUGACAAAAGUUUAAGCGGUGAACCGCUUAAAAGUAGAAUGGAGAAUGAGGGAACGAAUGUAUCAUCGGAUGAAGCACUCUCUAAAAGCCCGAUUUUUGUUUCCCAAGUAGCAGCAGCUGUUGCAGCAUUGCAUGAACGAUCUAUGCUUGAAGAAAAGCUCAAAGCAUUAAGGAGUUUACCAUCACUUCCAGCUUACCAACGAUCGAUGGAGCACACUUACAUUUUGAAUAAAGCAGAUGAGGAACGGCAAAAACGCCCUAAUUACAGGGCUCUGCUUGAGCAUGAUGGAUUUCUGUGGCAGCGCUCGCGAAAUAAUCAGGACUCAAACAGAACAAAGACGAGAGAGGAAUUAUUAGCUGAGGAAAGGGACUACAAACGUAGAAGAAUGUCAUAUCGUGGAAAGAAGAUGAAGCGGUCAACAACACAGGUUAUGAGGGACAUAAUUGGGGAAUACAUGGAGGAAAUCAAACAAGCAGAUACCAUCAAUUGUCCAACAAAAGGAGCCGAAGAGGCCAAAUUUCCGCCUUCUGCAACCUACAGGCCGGAUAAUUAUUAUAUGGAUAAAGCUGAGUCUGGAAAGAUGCAGCUGGAUUCAUCUGCUUUAAGAAAAGGAAUGGAGGGUGGUUAUAGGAAAGAGUUUCAUACUGAUGAAGAAGUCCAUUCAGCAGGCUUCAAAGAUGAUUAUUCUGAAAAUAUGGAAAAAGCAUCUCAGUGGCAUCAUCGACAUUUAGUGGCCGAGAGAAGUAAUGGGAGAUCCAGACAGGAGAGAAACGAUUACUCUAGAAGCCCAAAUAAGCGAGACGGUGGUGCCUCUUUGCGUGAAAAAUCAAUCAGCCAAGAGAAGAGAGACUAUUCAAACGAUUUUAGAGAUAAUUUUUCCAGAAGAUCCAGCAGAAGGUACCACAAAUCAAUUGAGAAAAGUAGUUCACAUAGGGAGAGAAGUGGUCGUAAUCUUGACCUCAAGAAACGGAAGGCAAGGGAUGGUGAUGAUUUUGAAGACCGAUAUGAUCCAUCAGAACCUCAGAAACAUUGAGAAAAUGUCCAACUAUUGCAGCUAGUUCUCUAUUUGUCAGGUUAUCUGGAGAUGCAUCAACAUCAGAAUUUGCUGUGACUGAUCUUAUCAGAAAAGAAUUUCUUGCGACUGGUGCCUUUUGUUCUACUGGUCAAAUUGGCUAGUAGGAAGUCAUGCAGGUGUCUGCAGUUUAUCCUCCUGUAUCCUUCCAUGUAUCCUUUAUAUUGAUUUUUCUUGGCAUUGUCUUCUUAGAUUUACUAUUCUUCUUCCUUUUUCCCCUAUCCAAAGAAAUAAUUCUCUCUUGGAUUUUCAAUUGCACAUAGUAUACGGCUAGAACACCAGUGAUAAUGUUCUUCAUGUGCACAUCAUAUAGUAAGUUGUUCUUUUCCAUUGUGCUGGGUGUAGGUUGACCUGAAUCAUAAACAUUUGUUGCUGAGUUCCUUUUUUAUUUCUGGAGCAAACAUUGUUGCACAGAUCUAAUGCUAAAUCUUUUGGUUUGCUUGGUUGUGCUUCUAUGUGCAAGUGUAAACACAAGUUAUUAAAGUAUGAUUUGCCUGCUACAUACUUGGUUCACAACUGGGUGAAGUAUCUGGUUCUAAAGGCUUCAAAACUUAGCUUUAGGCAUGUUGAAGAUGACAUUCCAGUUAUGAACCCUCCUCAGACCCCGCAUGGUGGGAUUUCACUGGGUUGUUGCUGUUGUUGCAUAACUAUACAUGACUAUACAGGAAUAAUGCAGUAGUAUUAUGGCGGCAAUAUUUGUCACUUUACAUAUGGGUAACUGUCAUGUAUGUUAGUAAUAUUACAGAGGACAUAACAAGUAGAAGGCUAUGUUUGAUGCAGCUUCAGGUGUAGACCUUUAAAGGUGCAAUCUUAUUAUUUAUGUACUUCCAAUGGCAGACUUAGAAAGUGGGGCAGCCACAUCUGCAAAAUCUGAUUGUUCUUGUACUUUUACUAACAGAAAUCAGGUGGUGAGAGCCACACAAAAUAUAGAUCGUUGUAGAAUUAGUCAAUAGGAUUCUUAAGUUAGCAGCUAUAAUACAACCUUGAUGCCUUGUGGAGUUGUGGUACCUGAAUUCUGUGAGUUAGCUUUACCCAAAAAAAAAAAAAGAGAUUCUGUGAGUUAGAAUAAACUUGUCUUUUACUAUAAUAGGAAUUGCUUCCUGUGGACGAGAACAACAACAACAUACCCAGUGUAAUCCCACAAGUGGGAUCUGGGGGGGUUGGGGGUGGGGGGGGGGGGGGGAGGUAGGAUGUACGUAGACCUUACCUCUACCUUUGUGGGUAGAGAGGCUGUUUCCGAUACUCUUGGCUCAAAAGAAACGUAGUCAAUGCAGGAUUGCAAGAAAAGAAGACAACAAUAUAUCAAGAUAUAAAACAAAUGGAGCAACACAUAGUAACACACACAUAAGGAUAAUAAUCUACAUGAUACCUAAAUAAUACUACUAAGAAAAGAGAAGAGGAGAUGGAAAGGCUAGCCCCUCUCACACACAGCGUGACAAAACUCAACCACCUACUAACUUUCUAUCUUAAUCCUAAUCCUCUAUCUCCAAAUCUCCCUAUAUAAGGUCAUGCCCUCUGUCAGCUCUCCUCAGUUCUGCUUCGGCCUACCUCUACCUCUCCUAACUCCUGCGAUCGCUACUCUCUCACACCUCUUAAUUGGCGCAUCCUCACACCUCCUCUUCACAUGCCCGAACCAUGUCAGUCUCGCUUCUCUCAUCUUGUCCGCCAUGGAGGUCACUCUGACCUUGUCCCAUAUAACUUCAUAUCCAAUCAUCUCUCCUAGUAUGACCACACAUCCAUCUGAGCGUCCUCAUCUCCGCUACCUGAGCGUUCUUGACUUGCCAUCAUUCUGCCUCAUACAACAAUGUUGGUCUAAUCACCUCUCUGUAGAACUUACCUUUCACCCUAGGCAACACCUCCUUAUCACAAAGCACUCUGGAGGCGAGCCUCCAUUUCAUCCAUCCUGCUCCAAUACUAUGUGAGACAUCAUCGUCAAUCUCUCUGUCCCCUUGUAUUAUGGACCCAAGAUACUUGAAGCUUCCUUUUUUGGGUAUAGCUUGAGCCUCGAUCUUCACUUCCACAUCUGUCUCUUGCGUCGCGUCACUGAACUUGCAUAUCCAUGUACUCUGUCUUAGUUCUGCUUAACUUGAAAUCUUUAGAUUCUCAGGUCAUUUCUAAACUUCCAGCCUAUCGUUAACUCCACUAUGCGUCUCUUCAAAGAAAAUUAUGUCGUCUGCAAAUAACAUACACCACAACACCUCCUUUUAAAUAUGUUGCGUCAAUUGUUCCAUCACUAAGGCAGAUAGAAACGGGUUAAGGGCUGAUCCCUGGUGCAACCCUAUCACGAUUGAAAAGUGUUUUGAAUCACCUCCUACUGUCCUAACUCGGGUGUUGGCACCCUCGUACAUGUCCUUAAUUGCCCUGAUGUAGGCCACAAGCACACCUCUAGACUCCAAGCAUCUCCAAAGGAGCUCCCAAGGGACUUUAUCAUAUGCCUUCUCCAGGUUAAUGAACUCCAUGUGUAAGUCUCGCUUUUUGUCCUUAUACUGCUCCAAUAAUCUCUUGACAAGAUCAAUAGCUUCUGUAGUUGACUGCCCCGGCAUCCUUGUGGACGAGAAAGCAUCUAAAACUAAGCAUUUCAAGAAUGACAUGAAGAUGUGGAUAGAUGUUCUCUUGUUUUAUGUUUUGUUGCUUUGUUUAAUUGUUCAUCAAUGUACUUAUCAAAGGAAAAAAUUAUGAGUCAAUAUACAAGUAUAAACCCAAUUAUGUUUUAGAAAGUUAGUCGUAGUAUACAUGCUAGAUUCACAUCUGGAUAAGCGUAUGUAUAUUAAGGAUGACAUCCGAUAUAAUACGGGAAUGAUACAUCAGUUUUAUGGUUGCAAUAUUUUGCUGAAUGUACACGGGCAAGUGUCAUCUACAGUAGGUAUAUUGCAAAAGACAUUCCAGGUAGGAGAUGUACGCUUGAUGCUUCCUUCUUCGGGUGUAAAUUUUUCAGGUUGCAGUCUAACUGUUUUUGUGCUUUAUAUUGCAGACUUACAAAGUGAGGCAGUCACAAUAAAGAUGGCCACACUAAUACCCAACUGAAGCCUUGGGAGCUUGAAGCAUCUGCUAAUUAGUUAAAACAGGGUUUAGAGAAUUCUAAGAUUUGUUGUUUCUAAUGCCUAGGUAUAACCUGAAUUAUUUGUCAUAUGAGGAUUUUUUUUUUUUUGCUCAAAAGAAUCUGCUCCGUGUGAAUAGUGUUGGAUAGUAAGCACCUCGAGACUGACUUUUACGAAUUAUUGAAUGACGAGCCUUAUCAAUACCCUCUGGAA